AUGGAGAGGCUAAAGUUCAUUACAGCCAUCAAGUGUCUACAAGGAAAGCCCGGCAAAACAGCUGGGCUGUAUUCCGGUGUCAAAUCUCUAUACGACGACUUUCAAGCCUUGCACAUUUCUCAGACUGACUAUAUCCACUGGGUGGGCCACUUUUUACCGUGGCACCGCUACUUCCUUUGGUUGUUCGAACAGGAGCUGCGGGAGAGUUGUAAUUACAACGAAGCGGUUCCAUAUUGGGAUUGGACCCAAGACGCGACCGACGAGGCAAGCUUUCUUGCUUCACCAAUCUUCGACCCUGUCUAUGGCUUUGGUGGUAACGGACCCUACAUCGAAGAUAUCAGUGGCUUUCCACAGGAUUGGCGCAGCUUGGUCGAGGUCCCCAAACGAACCGGUGGAGGGUGCAUAACAGAUGGCCCAUUUGCUGGCCAUAAUGUCAGCAUGGGACCGGGAAAUCACACCGUGUACAACCCCCAAUGUAUCCGUCGGGAUUUCAGUCCUUGGCUGGCCACUCAAAGCCUGAACAGCAACAUAUACGAGUUCACCCAGAACGCAAGCUCUUUCUUCGAGUUGACGUCUCGCACGGAGGGUGUGAGUCUGGAGAUCAAAGAUAUGGCACUGCAUGGAGGUGGUCAUCUCAGCGUUGGCGGUGGAAUUGGUCAAAUGUCAAAUGUAUACUCUUCACCGGGAGAUCCCUUGUUCUGGCUCCACCACGGCGGCUUGGACAAGUUGUGGGACGAAUGGCAGAGGAAAGACUGGUCCGCCAGGAAGCUCGACAUUGGCGGGCCUGAUACGCAGUUCGCCUACCCCUUCAACUUCUUCGGGGAUGUUCCGUACAAGAAUGUCACGCUUGAUUAUGUUAUGAACUUUGGUCAGAUGAGCGACAGCAUCAUGAUUAGAGAAGUCAUGGACUCCAAGGGUGGCAAACUUUGCUAUUCCUAUGCUUAG